AGGAAAGGUGUGCGGGAGAGGCUACAAAAACUCGGCAAUAAUUCCCAAAAAAAGAAAGAAACAAACUAAGAAAAAUUACGAUGAGACCAAGAACCCACCCUUGCUCUCAAGUUUUGAGCCGAGGAAAAUGGACGGAGGAGGAGGAUCGUAUUCUAGCGUCCUACGUCGAAGCCCACGGUGUGGAGAACUGGGCAAAACUUCCCAUGAAAGCUGGGCUUAAUCGCAGUGGGAAGAGUUGCAGGCUCCGUUGGUUGAACUAUCUCAGGCCCAACAUUAAGCGCGGGAACAUCACCCAAGAUGAGGAGGAUCUCAUUAUCAGACUCCACAAGCUUCUGGGAAACAGGUGGUCUUUGAUAGCGGGGAGGAUACCGGGACGCACAGACAACGAGAUCAAGAACUACUGGAACACAUUCCUUAAGAAAAAAGUGCACCGAGCCAACUCAAACCUGAUCGACAAGCCCGUCUCGACCGUGUCAAGCCCAUCUCAAGGGACAAUAAAGAAGACGAAAACGGUUCACAUUGAUCCAAAAGCUAAUGCACAAGUACAACUGUGGGGAACUUCGACUGAAGGAGAGUGCAGUGGCAGUAUUGACUGGUUGUUGCAACAAUGGUGUAAUCCCCCGAUCAUUCCAAAUGAAGAGAGGUUGGAUGAGUGGAUAGUUGGAGAAGAAGGCAAAUUAUUCUUUACAUGGGAAGACCUUUUGGUUGAUGAGAAUGCUAAUUCUUGAAUUAGCUGAAUUAAUGCACAAUUGACUACAAUUAAUUAAUGUAUUAAGUAUAUGUGAAUAACUCAACCCUUCUGUUAUGAAGGUUCAGUAUUUAUUUUCUGCAAAUUCUCAAAUAAUUGGUAUGAGAG